GUCAAAAAAUUCAACACACCAGCAGUGUGAGGAGACCUGAAAGUGGCACAUGGCAUGGCAGAGUGUGACGAUGGAGACAGCAGCAAUGGGAGGCCGUACAGGGACCCAUGAGAGACUCUGGACUUGGCAGCAGCAUGAGGAGGCGGUAUAUAGGGGCCCAUGGCAGAUUAGGGGCCUGGCAGCAGCUAUGGGAGGCCCGUAAUCUGCCAGCACCCUAUGUCAAAAAAUUCAACACACCAGCAGUGUGUGAGGAGACCUGAAAGUGGCACAUGGCAGAGUGUGGCGAUGGAGACAAC